GAGAUCCCGCCCCUCUCCUGCUCUUCAGCCGGCCCGCGCCUCCAGCGGAAGCCGGAAGCAAAAGCGGGCCCUGCUAGCCCCGCGGCUCCGAACUUGGUGGUCUCGCAGGCUCCGCAGGAAAAGGGAGAAGAUGGCGGAAGAGGAGUUCCCCAAUACAACUCAUGAAGGUUUCAAUGUCACCCUUCACACCACUCUGGUUGUCACUACGAAACUGGUGCUCCCCACCCCUGCGAAGCCCAUCCUCCCAGUGCAGACCGGGGAGCAGGCUCAGCAGGAGGAGCAGUCAAGCGGCAUGACCAUAUUCUUCAGCCUCCUCGUCCUAGCUAUCUGCAUCAUAUUGGUGCAUUUACUGAUCCGAUACAGAUUACAUUUCUUGCCAGAGAGUGUUGCUGUUGUUUCUUUAGGUAUUCUCAUGGGAGCAGUUAUAAAAAUUAUAGAGUUUAAAAAACUGGCAAAUUGGAAGGAAGAAGAAAUGUUUCGUCCAAAUAUGUUUUUCCUCCUCUUGCUUCCACCUAUUAUAUUUGAGUCAGGAUAUUCAUUACACAAGGGUAACUUCUUUCAAAAUAUCGGUUCCAUCACCCUAUUUGCUGUUUUUGGUACAGCAAUUUCUGCUUUUGUAGUAGGUGGAGGAAUUUAUUUUCUGGGUCAGGCUGAUGUAAUCUCUAAACUCAACAUGACAGACAGUUUUGCGUUUGGCUCCCUAAUUUCUGCUGUGGAUCCAGUGGCUACUAUUGCUAUUUUCAAUGCACUUCAUGUGGACCCAGUGCUCAACAUGCUGGUUUUUGGGGAGAGCAUUCUCAACGACGCAGUCUCCAUUGUCCUGACCAACACAGCUGAAGGUUUAACAAGGAAAAAUGUAUCAGAUGUCAGUGGGUGGCAAACAUUUUUACAAGCCCUUGGCUACUUCCUCAAAAUGUUCUUUGGCUCAGCAGCACUCGGCACUCUCACUGGCUUAAUCUCUGCAUUAGUGCUAAAGCAUAUUGACUUGAGGAAAACGCCUUCCUUGGAGUUUGGCAUGAUGAUCAUUUUUGCUUAUCUUCCUUAUGGGCUCGCAGAAGGAAUCUCACUCUCGGGCAUCAUGGCCAUCCUGUUCUCAGGCAUCGUGAUGUCUCACUACACACACCAUAACCUGUCCCCCGUCACCCAGAUCCUCAUGCAGCAAACCCUCCGGACCGUGGCCUUCUUGUGCGAAACGUGUGUGUUUGCAUUUCUUGGCCUGUCCAUUUUUAGUUUCCCCCACAAGUUUGAAAUUUCCUUUGUCAUCUGGUGCAUAGUGCUUGUACUGUUUGGCCGAGCAGUGAACAUUUUCCCUCUUUCCUACCUUCUGAAUUUCUUCCGUGAUCAUAAAAUCACACCGAAGAUGAUGUUCAUCAUGUGGUUCAGUGCCUGGACAGGUCACCCCAUCAGGUCUGCUCAGCGCGCUGUGAAGUGGGAACGAGGUGAGCUUCUGCUGGGCGCCCCACUCUGUGCCUGCUUUCCUUGUAUCCCCGAGCCUCACAGGAUGAGUUUGCAUUCUCCAGGGGGGUCUGUUAGAAUGUUGACCGGCCAUGAUGCCGGCCAUGCCCAGAUCCCCGAGAACCAAGUCAGCACCAGCGCUGCCUCCUCCCUCCUCCCUCGGUCUCCUCUGACUCCCUUCGCUGUGCCCCCCAGGGCUGCGGGGGGCCAUCCCCUACGCCCUGAGCCUGCACCUGGACCUGGAGCCCAUGGAGAAGCGGCAGCUCAUCGGCACCACCACAAUCAUCAUCGUGCUCUUCACCAUCCUGCUGCUGGGCGGCAGCACCAUGCCACUCAUCCGCCUCAUGGACAUCGAGGAUGCCAAGGCACGCCGCAGGAGCAAGAAGGACGUCAACCUCAGCAAGACCGAGAAGAUGGGCAACACCAUCGAGUCGGAGCACCUGUCCGAACUCACGGAGGAGGAGUACGAAGCCCACUACAUCAAGCGGCAGGACCUGAAAGGCUUCCUGUGGCUGGACGCCAAGUACCUGAACCCCUUCUUCACGCGGAGGCUGACCCAGGAGGACCUCCACCAUGGGCGCAUCCAGAUGAAAACCCUCACCAACAAGUGGUACGAGGAGGUACGCCAGGGCCCCUCAGGCUCCGAGGACGACGAGCAGGAGCUGCUGUGACCAAGCAGGACGCCGUGGCUUCUGGGCAGGUGGGGCCGCAGCACUGCCGUCCGGCCUCCCCAUGGCUCCCAGGACAGACACCCAGCCAGGGCCCCUGAGGAGGGUGCAUCUGGCAGCUCUUCAGGGGGAAUGGAAGCAGGUGAAGCCAAGACUGGCCGUCUUAACCCAGGAUUUCCUAGGCCUUUGGAGCCAUCUGGCUGCUCCCGAAGUGUCCUCUCCCCACUCCUCACUGAGCCAGACCUCUGCUCUCAGGGUGGCUUCCCCGCCUGCAGAUUGGAGGGACCACCUGUGCAGGUAAAUGUUUCCUUCUGCUUCUGCAGCUGAGGGGACAGUCUGUCCAGCCAGGGUGCCUGCAAGGAGGAAUCUUGCUCUGGGCCCGCCGUGCAGGGGCCCUGCGGAGCGCCGGUGUGCAGUGUCUGCCAUUCCGGCCACUGCCUUCAUCACAGGAGCCCUUCCCUGCUGGAUGGGGGGCGGUACCAUCAGGGUGAGGAACCAGCCGCUGUUUCCCUGUGUUCAUCAAGGUGCCCCUGGCCUCAGCAGCAGCAGUUCUCAUCUAAGUGGCAGGCGCGGGAAUGUUGAGAGCCUCACACUCCCCUUUACAAUGUUGCUUACACUCUCUGAGAAAGAAAAACUGAGUGACCUUUUUCUUCUUUACCUCUGAUUGGUACCUCACAGGCUGUCUUCCUGGGUGGCAGGCAGCCACUGCCCUUCUCUGGGAAUAUUGUGAAUGUUUACACUGGCACCCAGCAGAGCAGAGGGCACAGGCCCCUCUCUAGAGCCCUGUUGGAAGCUGCAUCCCUGGGUUUGGGGGGCUAAGCGAGCCUAUCCUGUGGGGUCAGAGCGCCCUCUAGAGGGAAAAUCUGGAGGUACAGGAUUUAUGCUGGCCAGCUGCUGCUGUCUUGAAUUCAGUUUAAAUUCAUGCACUUUUACAAAGGAGUGAGAGCCUAGCAGUCACCUCCCUGACCUUACUUGAUGGCCCUUGCUUGCUCAGAGGCCCCUUUUCCCGGACUUCGUGGGAUCUGCCCACCAUUUAUCUGCUGCACCUUCACUGCUCAUCAGCAUUUUUUUCCCUCUCCCAGUUCUCCACCAUCUUGGGUCCUAUUUGUCCCCUGUGCCAGGGUCUCAGCUCACCAAAGCACCUGAGCAGGUGCCAGAGCAGCAGUGCCCCCUGGUCCUCCCAUGCCACUCGUCCCCGUGACUCCAGCGAGUCAGAUGCCUCUGAGUCUCACCUGCAAUCUCCAAGCAGCCACUGCUACCCUAGGGCUUGCUCACAGAGGGCUUGCACACACUCUCCAUGCAAACACACACCCUGCCCCGGUCCCGUGGUCCUGGCCCUGGGCCAUCUCAAGGUCAUGUCCAGAUGAAAUGAGAGUACCAGCUCCCGCAUCCGCCUCUCACCAGCCCUGUAACAAGGCUCCUGCUCGCUUGCCUUUGCUCAUCACUGGCAGUUCCCACAUGCGCCUCAGCGUCCCAGCUGGAGCCUUGGGACUCAGCACCCUCUGGGGUGGUUUAAUUCAUCAUGUUCAUGUCCUUGGUUCUCUGUUGGGGACACAAGGGGCCAGCUUGGGCUGGCAGCAAGCAUUUCCAUUUCUUCUGCCUCAGGCAGCGUGACUCUGGAUGUCAGGAAGGACUGACCCCAGGACCCUCCAGGACCCAUGCGCCCAGCGCAGGAGGCCAGGCCCCUGCCCUAACCCCUUCCCUUUCCCCAGAAGUGUAAGUGUAAAGCCAGUCAGGCAGGAAGCACAGUUUCUUUUUCAUGCAUGAAAAGUAAAUUUGUACUUGAUAGUGGUAAAAUAUGAUCAUUUUUCUUUUUGUAAUCUCCUAUCUUAACCCUAUAAUUUGAGCCAACAGGAUUAUUUUACUUCACCUGAUAUCCCCACUGGAAGAUGAAUGCCGUCCAUAAUUCUGGUCUCCAUCAUUUCCUGUUUCUUUUUAGUGGAAAAGUAAGAGAAGAGGUCAAAGAGAGGGGACCUUUGUCCAGACAUGGGCAGGGAGGUGGGAGGCAGGGAUCAGAGACCAGAUUGUUCUCUCAUUCCCCAACUCAUAAGUAACUUACUUUCCCCCUGAAAUUCAGAGUCUCAUCAUUGAGGUAUAAGUUGCACUGUCAAUUCAAUAGCAUGCCCGGAAAAAAAAAAUUGUGAGUUCAUAGAUUAACGAAGACAGGAUCUUCUUGGUUCAAAUUGCCCUUUGUCACCAGGUCCCACCUGGCUUCCCACUCUUAGCUGAGGCUUGAAAAUGACACUAAGUAGAGAAGCAUGUAGGGGACUUGGUGGAAGGUCCCGAAGUCUUGGCUGUGGAGGUGGUGUGGGGAGAACCAGCCCUGGCCUGGAUCUCUUGUGAGCCUCUUCUGCCCCCUGCUGGCCAAGUGAGGGUUUAGCAGCCUGGGAGGGCAUUUCCCCCUGGGGACGGGGUGGGGGAGUAACUCAUGUUCCUCAGCAGUAUGUCUGUUCAGCUUUGUAACGGGCAAAAGCCCAUCGAGAAAUAUGUUUCUGGUGGACUUUUGCAGAUGUCUUUGCCUGAGAAUCAAACUACUGCUACCUUCAGCAUUCCUAAAUAAUUCUAUUGUUUGGGGCAAUAAAUGCCUAGAAGAUAAAAAAAUAUAUAUCCAGCAUAACUAUAACUUCCCACAUACUUAUUUCCUUUUAGAUCUAGGCCUUAGGACAGGAGAACCACAGCACGUAGAGAAGGUUAUACUUUAGAGGGAGGUGAAGGCUAAGCCAGUGACUGCCUUUGGGAAAGCUGGCAGGUUAGCCAGUGAACUCUGAAGACAUGCUGUCUUGGGGAGCUGGGGAGUCAUGUAGCAGUAAGCCUCACACCCCAAGGCUCCCCUGGCAGCCCCUCCACAGUAGGCCCUAGGAUUUUGAACUUCUUGGAAUAAAUCACAUGCUUUCUGCCGCCCUGUGGUGGCAGGACUCCUGGAAUCGAUUGUACCCUGAGGCUUGGGGUGUGAGGGCUUACAGGGAGAGGAGCCAGCUUCUCCCAGUUCCCCAGAGAUCAAGUUUGGGCUUGGUGGAAGGUGGCUCAGGUCCAUAGCCUGGUGCUCACUCAGCCCAGGGGCUGACCGAAGGCAGCCUGCCCUCCCCAAGGCCAGCCAUCUCUGUUCACAGUAGGAAUACUGGCUGGGCCCUGGCUGACGUGAGGCCAAGGGCCAGGGCCUGGCCCAGAGUGUUAGCAGCCCCUGGACUCCAAAUCAGCCUCGGGAGGCCCUGAUUUGCCUGUAGAUUCCUUUGUGAGCAAUGAGAAGUAGAAAGAUUGGUGAGUGGGGAGCCUUCUUAAAGCCCAUGUCAGAGGUGCCAUCAGCAAGACUUGGCCUCAUGAGGCCUCAGGUCCACACAUUUGGCAGAGUCCUCAGCGGGGUAGCCACAGCCAGGAUCCCCCUUCUGCUCUGGUGGGGAGAGGGAGGGAGGGGCAGGAUGGUGGCCGGCUUCUGCUCAGGGUGCAGGUGUGGCUUAGGGUAGGUCUGGUCUUAGAACUGAUCUGGUUCUAGUGUGAGAAGGGAUCUCUCAACAGCAAUGAUCUGCCAUGGAUUAGGACUUUAAAUUAAAAAAAAUAAAUAAAUAAAGAUCCUCUGCCACUUCCCCAUUCCCUCCAGAAUGCAGGCGUGUGUUUCUCCUACUGCAUAGUGGAUAGGAAACCAAAUCUGAAAUGCUAUUGUUACAGCAGCCAGGAUCAUGAAGAGGUUGUUCUAACAGGAGCCCAGUCUCCAAAGCCCCAGGCAAUAUGUUUUCAAUGAAAACACCACGGUCAAGAAGGCUUAGAAUAAGCAGCCCCUUCCUUCCCUGUAGUCUCCUGCCACCUUUCAGGACGGAGUUUGAUAUCCAGGGACUUCCACUGUCUCUGGCCAUGUUAUGAAAGGAAGGCUUUUAAUUUCCCCCGGCCCACCCCACUUUUUCACGCUUUCCCACCCCAGCCGACACAGUCUCUAAUCCCAGAGGGAAAAACAUCCGUGGCCUUCCCUACCCAGGAGCUGGUCUUCUCCCAGCUGCUCUGCGUGAGUGUCCUGACCUCAGGACGCGGGAGCUCAGUACCUGUGAGCGCAGCUGCGGGACCCUGAGGCCGAGUGACUGGACGGGGAGUGUGCAGUUUGGUGGUCAGAAGAGAAAGGUCACCUGUCAGCACUGUGGGCCACUGUCCAAGGAGCCUGUCAGCCACGCGGAAGAGCUGCAUCGGCGCGUUCCUGGUGCCCAGCUCUCGGAUCCCGGCCCUGCUCUGAGGAGCCGCCCAGGCACAGGCCAGGGAAGGCUCCUUGCUCGCCGGGCCACUGCGAGGUUCAUGGCUACCAAAGGCUUUAAUGCUUUCUCCAAUACAGCUCCUGCAAAGCUUGAUUUGUUCCCAAGGUUACUCAGAACCUUGUUGUUUUGAGUAAUUUUCUUUGUAAACAUGAAGGCUUUUGCAAGCAUUGCUUUCUGACUUAAGGACCAUUGGGAAGGUCAGGCUUGUUCUCUUGUCCUCCCCAAGUAAGCGGUGAGAGGCGUUUGUUAGGUCCUGGUUCCUGAGAAAUGAUUUGCUGCUCUUCCUGGGGGGCUUCGGGUUGGGAGAGGAAGGUGGGGCAGAGGUGGAGGGACCUGUAGCUGCUAGGCCGGAGCCUCUGCCCUGUCCGACAGGUCCCUUUCAAGAAUUCAACAAUGGUUGGAAAACAGUAAUGUCACUGGAUACUUAUUUAGAAAUAAAAAUGAAUGCUGCUGAAUCAGA